AUGAAGAGGAGCAGUGCACUGCUUUCAAUCUUCCUCGCAGUUGCUCCGGUGCUCAUCGUCGCCGAGAUCGCGAUUUUCCCUCGCCUCGCCACUGACUUCUACGUGAGAUCCUGCCCGGAGCUCCCUAGCAUCGUGCGGCGCGUCAUUGCGGCCAAGUUUGCGCAGACGCCAGUGGCCGCUGCUGGGAUGCUGCGGAUCUUCUUCCACGAUUGCAUGGUUGAGGGGUGUGAUGCCUCAGUGCUAGUCGCGUCCACUCCGAGCAACAAGGCUGAGAAGGAUGCCGAGAUCAAUCUCUCCUUGCCUGGAGAUGGAUUUGACGCGGUGAUCAAGGCCAAGGCCGCGGUGGAAUCAAAGUGUCCCGGCGUUGUCUCCUGUGCUGACAUUCUUGCUUUGAGCACCCGAGAGCUCGUCGUCCUGAUUGGAGGGCCCUCUUGGGAAGUUCGUCUUGGUCGGAGAGAUGGCACGGUCUCGAAAGCUUCCAGAGUUCCUGGAAAUCUCCCCAUGCCAAACAUGACAGUGGCAGAGCUAACUUCGCUCUUCGCCUCCAAAGGCCUCUCUCUCCAGGACAUGGUGGCGCUCACCGGAGGCCACACCGCUGGAUUCGCGCACUGCAACCAAUUCAUGGACCGCAUUUAUGGAACCAUCGAUCCCACCAUGAAUCCCUCCUACGCUGCCGAGCUCCGCCAGGCGUGCCCGAGGGGCCCGACUCUGGAUCCAACCGUGGUCACGCACCUCGACCCCUCCACCCCCGACCUCUUCGACAACGCCUUCUUCAAGAACACACUGUACGGGCGAGGAUUGCUGCGCUCCGACCAGGCCCUCUUCUCCACCUCCAACUCUUCCGCGAGGCCGCUCGUCAAUCUCUUUGCUGGAUCGCAGCCGCGAUUCUUCGAGGCGUUCGGCGUCGCCAUGGACAAGCUCGGCGGCAUUGGCGUCAAGACGGGAGGACAGGGAGAGAUCCGCCGGGAUUGCGCUGCCUUCAACCAUGCCUGAUUAGUUUAUACAUAAGUGUAAUUUUAAUAACAAAAGUAAUCUAUU